AAAGUGGAGAUUCUACAUGUUUUAAGUUGCUACCUAACAGUUCAAUAGCUUCAGAAGUAGAUUGUCCAAGUUGGAGCUUUUGAGUGCAUGGUAGCCAGUGCAGUCCACCGUUAUACUCUUCUUCAAUGAAGCAACAGUAUCCGUUCUUCAGUCUUCAGAGUUGAGUCUUGCGCGCAUGACCAUGACCCACCUAGUCUUCCUUGCACUUCUAUCAGCUUUCUUUCUCUCAGCCUCGGCCAGCACCAGGAGCACUCUGACGCAUUCGAGCACCGUCGCCGGCGAGGAGAGGCUGGUCUCGCCCACCAACACCUUCCAGUUCGGUCUCUUCGCCGCCAGCAACCACUCCAAAUGGUUUCUUGGCAUAUGGUUUACCGUCUCCCCGGACACCGUCGUCUGGGUCGCCAACCGCGACCGCCCGCUCAACAGCUCGUCCGGCGUUGUCGCGGUCAGCGGCCGAGGAGCCCUGGUCCUCUUAGACGGCGCGACCAACGAAACCAUCUGGUCGUCCAACUCCUCCGCGGCAGUCGGCGCGGUCCUGGAGCUCCACGAUACCGGCAACUUGGUGCUCACGGAUGGGUCCGGCGUCGUGCUCUGGCAAAGCUUCGAGCACCCGACGAACACGUUCCUCCCGGGGAUGCGGGUCGGGAAGAACAUCAGGACCGGGGCCGAGUGGUCCCUCUCGUCGUGGCGCAGCGCCGAUGAUCCGUCGACCGGCGACUUCCGCUACGUCAUGGAUACGCAUGGCUCGCCGGAACUCCACGUCUGGAGACAAGGACGCAAGACGUACCGGACGGGCCCGUGGAACGGCGUGCGGUUCAGCGGCAUCCCGGAGAUGACGACCUUCGAGGACAUGUUCGAGUUCCAGUUCACAGCCACAACAGACGAGGCCUCCUACAUGUUCCGCAACCGCGACGGCUCGCCGAUGUCGCGGGUGCUUCUGAACGAGUCCGGCGUGAUGCAGCGCAUGGUCUGGGACCGCGCCUCCCAGGUGUGGAGCAACUUCUGGUUGGGGCCAAGGGACCAAUGCGACAACUACGGUAAGUGCGGCGCGUUCGGCGUCUGCAACGUGGUCGACGCCGUGGUCUGCGGCUGCAUCCGGGGGUUCGCGCCGAGGUCGCCGGCCGAGUGGUACAUGCGCAACACGUCCGGCGGGUGCGCCCGGAGGACGGCGCUCCAGUGCGGUGAUGGGGACGGGUUCUACGUCCUGCGCGGCGUGAAGAUGCCGGACACGCACAGCUGCGCCGUGGACGCUGGCGCUACGCUUCAGGAGUGCGACCGGAGGUGCCUAGCCAACUGCUCCUGCACGGCGUACUCAUCGGCGGACAUCCGCGGAGGUGGGAGCGGGUGCAUACAGUGGUUCGGCGAGCUGAUGGACACUAGGUUCGUCGACGGUGGGCAGGAUCUUUAUGUCAGGGUUGCAAAGUCUGAACUAGACGCUACCAAGAACACCCGGAAAUUUGCUGUGAUCAUCACACUGGCGAUUACAGGGUUCUCAUUCCUUACUCUAUCCCUUGGUUUUCUAAUUUGGAGGAAGGCGCGGCGCAGUAAGAAAGUUACCAUGAUUGACGACACAGUUAAGCUUAUGAGCAGCGAAUGCCCCACGUACCCUAUGGAGAUCAUUAGAACAGCCACAAACGGAUUCUGUCCAGAGAACAUAAUUGGGAGAGGUGGAUUUGGCCUUGUUUAUAAGGGCCAACUGCCAGAUGGCCAACAAGUUGCUGUCAAGAAACUCUCAGCUGAGAACACAAUGCAAGGCCUGAAAGAGUUCAUGAAUGAGGUCUUCUUGAUUGCUAAGCUGCAGCACCGUAACCUCGUUCGCCUUCUUGGCUGCUGCGUUCACUGUUCAGAGAGGAUGCUUGUAUAUGAGUAUAUGAGCAACAAGAGCUUGGAUGCCUUCAUUUUUGAUGAGAGGCGACGUGCGACAUUGAACUGGAAAGCGAGGCUGGAUAUCAUCCUCGGUAUUGCUAGAGGAGUUCUCUACCUCCACCAGGACUCAAGGCUCAACAUCAUUCAUCGGGACCUGAAGGCAGCAAAUGUUCUUCUUGACAGCAACAUGGUUGCCAAGAUAUCAGAUUUUGGCAUUGCGAGACCCUUCAGUAGCAGCGGUGACCGUCAAGAAACUAUCACACAUACAAUUAUUGGCACAUAUUUUUACAUGGCACCAGAAUACGCUAUGGAUGGCACGGUAUCGUUCAUGCAAGACGUGUACAGCUUUGGCGUGCUGCUGCUGGAGAUCAUCAGCGGCAGGAAGAACCAAAGAAGUUUCAAUCUCAUAGCACAUACAUGGGGGCUAUGGGAAGAAGGCAGGAGCCAUGAGCUCGUCGACCCAACCAUUCGUUGCAACUGCACCGUCGCCGAGUUGGAGCAGGCCGCGACGUGCAUCCAUGUCGGGCUGCUCUGCGUGCAGGAGAGCCCGAGCCAGCGGCCGCCGAUGGGCGACGUGAUCCCCAUGCUAUUGCAGCAGAAAGCGCCGUCGCAGCCACGGCGGCCCGUGGUGUGCACACCGAUGAGCCACCCGGCUGCCGUCCUCGCCGUGCAGGAGAUCACCUGCGGCAACAGCGAUCUAACCAUCACAAACCUCGAAGGCCGAUAGCAUGGACGCGUGCAGGGCGAGUUUGCAUGAGCAUUCUUUACCCUUUUGUGGGUACUAUGUUUGCCACCACAUGCAUGCCUUGAAGAUGAACUCCAAAGAAGUUGCCCAAGGUUGUCAUUCUACUACUUAUGUGACUAGUUUCACCUUUUCAUGUUAAUUUGAUUGUUACAUAUAUGUUCAAAGCCCAAUUGAGUCUUCCAGAUGGCCUCCCAAAUGUACGAGGAUUAGGCUCAACACACAACAAUUCUAUUGAUAUAUACCGUUAUAUAUACACAUACAAGAGCAGUCAAGCUGCUAACAGAUUGA